AUGAAGAACCUGAGUAAAUUUCAUAAGGUAUGGAGUAUUAUAGAAGAAGAAGAGCACUCGAACUUCAAACCUCUUAUGGCGUACACGAGAACAUCGAAGCUUCGUGAAUGGAUGGAACAAUGUGAACGAUCUUUCUUGAGCAUCUUGAUUCAUAGUCUUCGGCAACACGCAACGCGUAUGCUCUCUCUCUACGGAUCAAAGAACGGUACGGUUUUUGAGCGAUGGAGACAACAAGAUGCAUCACAAUGGAUGACUGAGCAUAAGAUAUGGAGUUUAGUACUUGAAGACUACACAAUACUCUUUCAUCUGAUUGAGAACGUGUUAGGUUUUGAAGAAGCAGAAAAUUUCUUGGAGGUCCCAGAGCAUCUUAGAAACGAGUUUAUGUACACUGCGAGAAGCGAAGAGUCAGGGAAGAAAGACCUUGAUAGAGCAGAAACUGUUUUCAAAAGGAUGAGGGAAGUAGGUUUAUUCUUGAAACCUUCACCGUUUAGCUCCAUGACAUCCCACUCUGUUAAGAACAGAGUUAAAGUAGAUGAGAUACUAACAGAGAAAAGGAUGUACGAUGAAUUUGUGAAGCUAUGGGCCGAUCAGAAGGAGACAGCGAAUCUUCACAAGAUACUUACCAUGUAUAGACACGAGACAAGCAAGAUUAUUACACAGAUAUGUGUUGUUAUUAGUAGAGGAAAGAUCUUGGUGAACCAUGUGACUAGGUUUGCAAAGCUGACCGUGACGGCGAAAGACGAAUACAAAGUCACCAUGAAAAUACAGAGGAAGGUUUUAUUGGAGAGGAGCAAGGUUUUUAUGGAGAAGAUGAGUUGUAGAGAAGAAAAAGGAGUCUCUCAUAUGGUGGAGAUUAGCGAGUGUGAUCAAGUUGAGAUCUAUGUAAAGAAUGUGGUCUUGACAUAUUAUAAUGAUCUCAAGAAGAAGUUGGUCGAUGAAAACGUCAUGGAGAUUUUAUCUUUACUCCAGAUUUCUGUUGCUAUAUCGUUUAAUGAAGGGGUGAUGUCAUGUGAGGAGAACUUGGAAGCUGAUCCAUGGUCAGAAGAUGAAGAAGAUAUCGGUGUGUCAUGUCUUGAUGAGCUUCAUCUUCCUGAAGAAGAAGUCACUUUGAGUCUACAGAGAGAUUCAUCAGAACCGACGAGAGCUAAAAUAGAUGAUGUAUUUUUGAAGCUACACUCUGGUGCUUUACAUGAAAAAGAUGAUGAAGCUAGGCGAGAGAUGAAAGUUUUGAUCUUUAAUUUACAUAAAAAAGAAGCUGACCAUGAAGUCUCUACAGAUACUCUUUACGGGAAAGACUAUGAUGCUCUCAUUGGAGAGAUCACCAGAGAAGCUGAUAAUAUGCCGUGGAUGAUGGAUAAACCGAUCAUGAAGAAGUACAACAAAGAUAUAAGCAAAGAUCACCAAGCGCUUGGUAAACUUAGAUGUGAAUGCAAGUGUAAACGAGCUUUGAGCAAUCAACACCAAGUACAAGUUGAGAUCGGAUCUCAAGACAAUGUAACUGACUUCUCUGAGCUUUUAACUAAAGCGAGAUUUGAAGAACUCAACAUGGACUUGUUCAAGAAGACGAUGGAGCCAGUGAAGAAGGUCCUUAAAAUUGGGGAGUUAAAAAAUUAUGACAUAGAUGAGAUAGUUCUAGACAGAGAAAGAGCUAGAAUCCCUAAAGUUCAGGAGAUGCUAAAGGAUUUCUUUAACGACAAGGAACGCAAUGAAGGGACUAACUCUGAUGAGGCUUUAUCUUGUGGUGCAUACAGGUUUCCCUUUCUCCUAUCCUCAACUCUCUUGCAUUUUAUGGCAAUGGUGGUGGCGACAGAAAAUGACGACACCAGCCUCAAUAAUCCCUUGUCUCCGGUGGAAGAGAAAAUUUUGUCUAAGAGUGUCAAGAAAGAGCAACUGAGGCAGCAAAGAUACGAAGCAAAGAAGGCAGAGAAGGAGCAAGAAGAGAGUAAGGAGAUGGUGAAGAAAGCCAUUGAGGUGCUCGACGAAAUAUAUGAACCGGACGAGUACGUGUUCGCGUGUCGUCUUGAUGAGUUGUGUGAGAACGGUAGCGAUGUUGCAAGCUUUUCCGAGGAUAUGAGAUCACGAUUUAAGCCAAAUCAUACGUAUUUUGCUUCGCUGUUGUAUGGUUGGUGCAUAGAAGGGAAGAUGAUGAAAGCUAAGCAUGUUUUGGUUCAGAUGAAGGAAGUUGGGUUUGAGCCUGACGUUGUUGAUUACACUAACUUGCUGAGUGGUUAUGCGCAUGCUGGUAAAAUAGCUGAUGUUUAUGUUGUUUUGAAAGGUAUGAGGAGAAGAGGGUUUGAGCCUAAUGCAAAUUGUUACGCUAUGAUCCAGGCAUUAUGUAAGGUAGAUAGAAUGGAGGAGGCGAUGAGUGUAUCGGUUGAGAUAGAGAGGAUGAAGCAGAUAGGGUAUUAUCUCGAUCAUGACAUUUACAAUGUUGUUAUCAGAUUGACUUGUAAACUGGGAGAAGUGAAGGAAGCUGUUCGGUUAUGGAACAAAUUGGAAGCAAACGAUUUGCGUCCUGAAGUUGACAUGUUUGUUAUUAUGAUCAAUGGAUUAACAAGCCAAGGUUGUUUAAUCAAAGCCUGUGAUUAUUUCAAGGAAAAGAAGCUAGAAAUGGCUGAAGAUAUUUGGUGUUGCAUCACAAGCAUAGGCACUUGCGAGCUGAAUGUAACGUCUUGGACAAUAUGGAUACAUGCCUUGUUUUCGAAAGGUUAUGUGAAGGAGGCAUGCUCUUGUUGUGUUGAAAUGAUAGAGAUGGACUUUAUGCUGCAACCUAAUACAUAUUCUAAGCUUGUGAAGGGUUUAAAGAAACUGCAUAUACUGAAUUCUCGGUGGAGAUUACGGAGAAGGUGA